AUGAUGAAAGAUACGGAGUUGGACCUCGACCUCCUGGCGAUCAACGAGGACGACGUGCGUCAAACCGUCUACAAGCAACUGGCAAGCGCAAGAGUGAAGCAAGACCCGGCAUGUCAUUCAGCUCGCCCUCGAACUGGAUUAGGUCAGCAAGUGCGCCGGAACACGACUCAACCGUCACCAGAAACGACGAUCAAGUGCUCCAGAAACGAUGUCUGA